AUGGCAACCUCCCAGUCUGAAUCAUUCAAUGUCCGCAAAGCUACCCCUCAGGAUGCGCAAGCGGUGGCAGAACUAGGCACCCACGUCUUUACAGUCACAUUUGGCCCAGGUUUGCAGCCUGACGACCUAAAAGCCUAUCUGGAAGAAAAUUACAGCGACAUGAUAGUCGUAACGGAUGUCGAAGAUCAAAUCCUCGGUUUUGCUCUUCUGACUCGAGGACCUCCUGAACCAUGCAUCCAAGACAUACCAAAGCAAGUCGAGCUUCAACGGAUUUAUCUGCACCCUUCAGCUCAGGGACGUGGUGUGGGAAAGCUGUUAGCUUCCAGCGUAGAGAAAGAGGCCAAAGAGCAAGGCUUUGAGAAUUUGUGGUUGGCAGUUUAUGAGAAAAACCAAAAGGCCAUUCAGAUUUAUGAGAAGCUUGGGUUCAAGACGGUGGGGACGCAUGACUUUGUGAUUGGAAAGGAGACGCAGACCGAUUUGGUCAUGCUCAAGCCGCUUUGAGAGGCGAGAGCGGGAUUUUCGCGCCAUCCGAAAGCUGGAAAUAUUUCUCAGUUGGGUCAUGAUCUUGUUGCUCGACUCCUAUCAACAACAAGUAUUGCAAUGCUUCAUUACCUCUUCAUGAGACACGUCGUCGCCUAUAUCACUCUGGAAACUGCU